UCUGAACGUUCGCGUCUUUGGCUGCAUCCUCCUAUAAAUAUACCUAAUUGGUACAACAAAUUAUUUUUAAUUGACUUUCCUAUAGCCAUGGUUUACUGGACUCUUAUUAGUUUUAUGUAAUGUGAGAAGUAUUCCUGUCGAUUCUGCAAGGGGACGACGAUAAAUUCAAGAACCAUGAAUCGGCUGCUGCUCCUGCUGCUGCUGGUAGCAGCAAGCGCUGCUGAUGAAGCCUCUGACCCACAAGGUCUUCAGGAAUCUACACCAGAACCUGUAGUAAACGAUGGCGAUAACACCGUUUACGUUGGAAGCUGGACCGACUGCACUGCGGGAGAUGGGGAUCACACGAAAACUAUUGAAAGGUUCAACAUACGACUUGAAGCUGAUUCCCUGGUCCAUACACCGAGGCUAGGACUGCAGAGGCGCCAGGUUCAGUGUCGGAAGAAAGACGGCAGCUUCAUCGAGCCUUUGUAUUGUGGUAUAGCCAUAGCAAAUAUCGGCACGACUCGCGUCUGCGUGAUGCGAGAGGACUGUUCGUUAGCCGAAUGGUUGCCAUGGAGACCCCGAUCCGACGGCGCCCUCGUACGUACUCGACGGCUUAGGAGAUUGCCACAAGGAGGUGGUAAGGAAUGCGAAGUAGUUGAGGAAGUACGACCCGCAGUGAUGGAAGCGAGUGCGCAUUGGACACCAGGGCCUUGGGGUCCGUGCCGAGUGGCUGUGGAACAACCCGCAACGGCUGCGCCAUCUGAUGACGAUGAUGACGACGCUGACGACAACGACGCCAUCUACGACGAAGAUGACGAAUCCGACGAAAUUGAUAAGGAAACAGAGUCGAGUUGCGGAGGCGGGGUGCAAAGACGUGAAGCGACGUGCGUACGAGCUGACGGACGAGCGUUGCAUUCAGCUCAAUGCGCUCAUGCGCAGAUGCCUACAUUAGUGCAGCCUUGUGAGGUACCUUGUCCACGCGAUUGUGAGGUCGGAGAGUGGAGCGAAUGGGGAGCAUGUCAGCCAACCGAUGGAUGCCCUCUCUUCCCCGUGCAGCAAUUAACAACCACAGGUUACAGCGUCCGUCGCCGUCGCGUCACGGCCGCUGCGUCAGGGGGCGGUGCACCUUGCCCUCCGCUGGAGGAGAAACGAACUUGCCCCACACCACGAUGUGCCGCCUGGAAAGCGUUGUCUUGGGGACCUUGCGUGCUGAACCAACCUCACACCACUUGCGGACCAGGCAGGCGUACUCGAGAACUCCGGUGCAUAGGACAUGAUGGAAAAGAGGCGCAGCGUGCGUGGUGCGGUAACGGCGCUCCGGCGAGAAGUGAAAAGUGUCGCAUCGCUUGCGCCGGCGACUGCGUGGUUUCAUCUUGGGGCACUUGGACGCCGUGCUCCGCGCCGUGUGUUGCAGCCGGCCACUCCAGACCCACUAGGACUAGGCGAAGACACAUACUUGCUCAUGCCGCACCGAACGGCUGGCCAUGCCCAGCAGAAGAUCAACUGAUUCAGAACGAGACUUGCAACACACACGCAUGCGCCACUUUUUCCUGGCUGGCAACACCCUGGGGGCCCUGCGAAAGAAGGAGACAGGACUACAUGCCAGUAACCAAUUACACGGAUUUAAUAGAUAGCGAAACCUUCAAUGAAAGCGAUGAUGAAGAGCCAUGCAUUGAAGAGGGUGAAAUGAACCGAGACGUUAUGUGCGUUCAGAACAACGCAGAUGUCGUGCGCGAAUCUCUGUGUGCACCUCUCCGUCGCCCGGCGUCCAGGCGCGCUUGUACUGUGAGGUGCCGUCGGGGAUGUAGAGUUGAAGCGUGGAUGCCGUGGUCACCGUGUCCCAAUACUUGUGAUCCAGGCAAACAAGUGCGAGUGCGAUCAGUACACGGUGGUCCCAACUGUGGUCCACUGCAGGAGUCGCGAGACUGUCCCGUCGCACGAUCGUGUCGUUCCCGUGAUGCGACGUGGGUCGCUGGCGAAUGGAGCACGUGCAGAUUACCACCAGGCCAGCAUUGUGGUGUCGGAUACAGGAUUAGAAGCAUAUGGUGUGGAUCGGACUCGCAUCGCGUAGAAGCGGGAGCGUGCGCUGGUCAACUGGUGCCACCGAGCGUUGCUCCAUGCACUGUCACUUGCGAUGUCACCCCACCGCUAACGUGUGACGUCAUUUGCGCCGAUCCUCUGAAAUACUUGGAUGCCUCUGAUCCCGACAUACCUUCGUGUAUUUGUAAAAACCUUACACUGGAUCUUUUACCAGCCGAUUCUGAUUGUAUUCUGCCUCCUGGUAUUGAAUGUGGUGAAGGAAGAUCAUUAAGGGCUGCCAGGUGCUUGGUCGCAGGACGUGACGUACCUAUGGAUGUUUGCAAAAGAUAUCAUCCUCUUACUGGUCCACGACGUGUUCGUGAGGCAGUUACAGAUGGAUUUACAUACGAUGAAGAAUUUGGAUCUCUACUCCGAGGCACUUGCACUGUUCACUGUGCGAGGGACUGUGCUGUUGGCGCUUGGGCUGCUUGGGGACCUUGUGCUGCUGAGCCUGGGUCCAGGGCUGCCUUCAGAUUCCGCACCAGGGAAGUGAUAGAAGAGGGUUCAGCUGGAGGUAGAGAGUGUGGGGCGACGUUGCAACGGUCUACAUGUGUGGUUCCGGAACCACGCUGGUCGCUUACCGAGUGGGCCGUGUGCACUCCGCGACACGCGCUUUGUGGUCAUGCGAUCAUUAACAGGACUGUCACAUGCAUCGACGCAGACGGAAACAAGCUGGAAGACACGACUUGCGAAGCCUCGGGAGCUGGUCCUGCACCGUCCCGCGAAGCCACCUGCCGUGCACCUUGCCCAGCCGACUGUGUCGUCAGUACGUGGUCCGAGUGGAGCCCUUGCGAACAGACAAAAUGGGGCGGUCGUCGAGACAGAACUCGCGUGGUGCUACGCGCGGCGGACGAAGGAGGUGCAGCGUGUCCUCACCUCGUAGCUGCCGAGCCCUGCGCCCCGCACACCUACUCUUGGCACAUCGCGCCAUGGGACGACUGCCAACCCUUAGGUGGUUCGCCAUGCGGAGAAGGCACGAAAAAGAGAUCGGUGCGAUGCCUUCGAAGUGACGGAGUUUUUGUCAAUGAUUCCUAUUGUCCCAAUGCAACCGCGUCUGAAGCUCGAGAGUCGUGGUGCUAUGUGCCGUGCGGCGUGGACUGCGAAGUAGGCGAAUGGGGUGCCUGGGACGCGUCCGCGUGUUCUUGCGGAGACGCUUCCACUGCGCGGCAUAUGCGACGAAUGAGGCAACAUUUAACAUCAGCUGUUUGGCCGGGACGGGCGUGUCCGACCACCGAACAACGUGCUCCUUGUCCUCGGGAACCAUGCUUGCGACUCGUUGCUAGACCACUUCUAGGAUGUCAUGUACAGACAUCAUCGGGCGAAGAAGCAGACAACGCUUGCGGAUGGGGCGUGAAACUAUCUCACGCAAGGUGCGAACUCACGAGCGUUUCUGAUGAGCCCUCAUCCGACGCUUAUCUUGAACCGUGGCGCUGUGCUUCUGCGUUACCCGGUCGUAUUGUUGCACCACCUCUCCAUCAUCAGGAAGAUGAGGAAUGUGAAGCUGAGUGUGGUUGCAAGGAGUCUGAACUAGGCCAGCCUGGUCCGUGGGGCUCAUGGGGACCUUGCCGUGGUGGAGCUCGCUCACGCACUCGUCAACUGCUUGUACCUCCUCGACGGGCUUGCAGGACUUCUUCCAGAUACAUAACAAUUGAAUGGGCCAACUGCACUGGAGAUGCAAAUGAGAUUCCUGAUCUGCUCGCCGUAGAACCACGUGAGGAGAAACCACGCCGUGCCUGGAUGGGACGCGACCGCGAUCAUGAUAUUUAUCACGACGGAUACAUUGAGGGAACCAGUUCAUUGUUGGCCGUUGUGUGGACUGCAACUAUUUUCCUAAGCUUGUAUGGCGUAUUCAUGUUUUAUCGUGGAGUACUCAGGUGUUUAAGGAGUCGGAAAAUGAAAUCUGUUACCAAAGUAUAAGACAAAGAAGAUUUGAAUGGCUACUAGCUUCUCCUGAUUGUGCGAUUUCGUGUAUUUCAGGUUCAUAACGACAUCGUGGAUUUUGUCUUUGUUACCAGUAUUAUUGUUACAUUCCAUAAUUGUUUUGUUUUUUGUUAUUUAUUCUUAGAAUAGAUUGUUAUUUUGAACUUUUCUUAAUUUUUUAUCAGAUAUAUUUCGAUGUAUAACAUCAUUUUUGGUUUCCGUAUUAUUUCUACUGUGCGAUUAAAAUACUCAACUGUAAACUGUUACCGUAUCAUAUCAGAAAAUAGUUCUUAUCAGUAAAAUUAAUCGGUUUAAUAUUUACCUGUAUUUGGAUAGUAUGAAUGUAAAAGCCAGAGAUCAGUCUGUCCGCAUGAGUGCUUCCAUGUUUUUACGACAUAUAUGAAUAUGCUAAUUUAGACGAUUUUUACGACAUUUCCAUGCGAAAUUUGCCGCGAAUCGAUGGGGCUUUACGGAUUGACAAUAUAACUAGCACUGGCUACAAUAGUAGCUAUAGAAUUCGUCUUACUUAGCUUAGAAUUGAUCGAAAGUAUAAUGAUGUUAGGGUGAACCUGCGAAUUGGUGAUUUCUUACUUUUUUUAUUCAAAAACUACAGUUUAUUAUCUCGCAACAUCGUGUUUACAGCGAUCAGUUAAAAUAUUUAAAAAAUCUCGGUCUAUUAAAUAAGUUUUAUCAAAGAAUUAUAUUUUGAUAUGAAAAUAAAAUGCUAUUUUGUAAGCCAAUCAAACUAUUUAAUGCACAAAUAGUCCUAACUAUUCAUUUCAAUUAUAUUUUUUGUAUAAAUUAAUUUAUAUUUUUAAAAGGGAAGGAAUAAACUGAGGAACUGUAUUGAAUAAGAUUUGCAAGACUAGUCAAUAGCGACCAAAACACAUCAUACAACAUAUCAGUGUUAAAUAUAAAUCAUCAUGAAAUAGGUCGUCACCUGAAAUAACUUCACGCCCAUUGUCGAUAUUAUACCAAUGCUUAAAAGUAUCAUCAACAACUCUAGGGCUUUGGCGCACAAUAUUAAUGUAAUGAUAGAUUUAAGGCGCUAAUAUACCCCAUGAUAAUAUUUGGUCAUAAUCAUGUAUUACACUUUUAGUAGAUUUUCCAUUUAAGCCCAUGUAUUGUGUCAAGUAUGUAUUAAUGAUGUGAGUGUGUUCUUCGUGCUUACUACUUUCGUAAGAAUAAGGUGUUUCAUUCUUUUUUCUCAUUUCAUGUUUCAUUCUAUCACAUUUAAUUUUAUCGUCAAUGUAUGGUAUUUUGCUCUAUGUGAUGUUAAUUUAUAAAAUAUAAAAUGCUAUCUGCCUCU